GGAUUGCUUGAUGAAGGUUCUGAAAUCGUCGUUAUCAGGGAAGACAUUUGGAGGAAGACUAAUGCACCUUGGAACCAGGAGAUUCAUAUGAGGAUGCAAACUGCAAAUGGAGGAGCCCAAGAGAUGGGCAGGUGCAUUGAAAUGUUGGAGAUCGAUGUCGAUGGCAUCAAAACUUGGGCACAUGCAUAUGUGGUGCCAGAUGCACCUUAUUGGCUUCUCCUAGGGCGAUCAUGGCAAAGGCUCAUGCAGUUAUCCAAGAAUGAAACACAAGAUGAAGUAUUGGUAACCAUAAGUGAUCCU